UUGAUUAACACCAAAAUAAAUUGUUAAUACCAAUAAAACAAUAAAUAUUGAUACAAUAAUACAUAGAAUAAUCCAAAAAAUUUUCUUCUUCAUAUGAUAAGUAUUUUUUGUUGAUAUACUCGUCAUUGUUGGAUCUGUUAUAGUCAGAUCAAAUGAUUCGGAUACCAUUUUGAAUUUUUAUAUAAAUAUAUGUGUAAUAGAAAGAGAAUAAAUAAAUAUAUAACACCUAGACUUUAUGUUAAAUUAAGUGUUUUUGUAAAGUAAAUAAUAGGAUAAUUUAUUGUAAUGACAUAGGUAAUAGAGAAAGACACUUCUAUGUCUUAUGGAUAGAUCAAAUGAUGAACACACAAAAGAUAAAAAGUUAAAGACUAAGAAAAAAGAAAAAGAGGUCACGCUUGUAAAACUAUUUGUUGUUGAUGUUCUAAAUAAAAAUCAAAAAGAACAUAUUAAAGAACGACUAUGAUGUUAAGAUAAAUAGAUAAGAGUACUCAACUAAAAUUUGAAAUGCGUUUUCGACAUUCACUUAUACAGAUAAUUCAAUUAUAGAAUGAAAAAAUGAUAAGGCUGUUGAUCUUUAAAAAUAUAUUAGAUGCUCACUAUCUAUAUUUUUUAAUGGAUUUCUUUUUUCUUGUUGUUGUAAAAAGAGUAUAGGGCUAGACAUGCGCGUCCUUUUUCUCAGAUCAAGUAAUCUUUUGAAAAAAAAGUCAAAAACAAUUGUUUGAUUUUGCAGUCCUCCCCGUCUUUUUUUUCUUCUUCUUCUUCUUCUUCUAUCUUUCUCUAAUCUCUAUAAGACAUUAAGUUGACAUUCAAACACAUAUCUAUAUAUAUCUAAAACAAACGAAAUACGAUCUAGAUAUAAUCAAAUUUUGAUGACUACUAUUAUUUAAAAACUUAAUGCUUGACAACCUAUUAAUUUGUUUUUUUGUUGCUCAUAUUAAAUGAUUUUUCUAUUAAAUUAUACUUUAUUAAACAUACUUGAAAUAGAUUAAGAUUUGUUAUUCGUCAGAAUUGAAGAGAAUAUAUAUUAUCAUCUUUGGAUAAGAAAGUUGAUUUGUGAUAUGUGUAUGUGUAGAUUUUAUUGAAUAGUAUAGAGAAACGCACGAUGACACAAUAAUGUGUAACUCAACACGAGAUAACAAUAUAUUCAUAUAAGAAGAGUCAAUCUAUCAUCACAAUAAGCAAUAGUAGUUGACAAGAAUGAUAGACAAGAAAAGAACAAGGCAAAAUACAUAUCUAUCAACAGAACGUGUUCCUUCGGGGUUUUUUUUCAUUGAAAAUUUUGACUUUUUUUUCCCGUGUUUGGGAAAAGAAAAAUUACUAAAGCUUAUUUUACUUUUCUUUCAAAGACUACGGAUCAAUCACGUUUGAAUUAUGAAGAACAAAAGCAGCAUAAAAUUUGUGUUCAGUUUUCAAAUGAAACGGAAUUAAUUGAAGAAACUUUUUUGAUUAAUAUUGAAGAUAUCAAUGAAUCACCUUAUAAUCUUCAAUGUUCUAAUCAUACAGGUUUUUGUACGGUGUUCGAUGAUGAUUUCAAUCAAACAUUUAAAUUUGAAAUAAAAACUAUUAAUCAUUAUGAAAAUGGAACAUAUUUCGAAAUUCUUUGUACUGAUAAUGGAGAACCACCUUUAUCGGUAUCAACAUGGAUAAAAGCUCUACCUGAUAAUAUGACACUAAUGUUUGUUCCUGUUCUUUCGUUGAUUAUACCAGUUAAUGAUAACAAUAAUACGAUAGACAAACAGACAAGAGAUAAUAUUGUCAUAUCAUAUUCAAAUGAUGGAGAUAAAACAGAACGACAACGACGACAAGCUAAUUCACCACCACAAAAUAUUUAUUUUAAUAUAGUUCAUUUAACUAUACCAGAAAAUGCACUAGAUUAUGAAAUAGCAAGUGUCUAUGUUACUGAUGAGGAUAAUGAUAAUUAUGUAUGUACAGUUCAUACGUAUGAUGCUCCAGAAGAUUCUCAACCAUUUGAUAUAGUCAAUGGAAUUUUACGAACUAGUUUAAUUGUGCAAGAUGGUCUUUAUAAUAUUAAUUAUGAAAAAAUACCUGUUUAUAAUAUAACAGUAACAUGUACGGAUCCAAUUCAUCAAUAUACGAUUCGUAAACAUUUUACUAUUGAUGUUAUUGACAUUAAUGAACCACCAAUUCAAUUAAUAUUAGUACCUGAUACAUUACCAGAAAAUUCUCCAAUGGAUUAUGUUAUUGGUCGUUUUUAUGCAAGUGAUCCAGAUUUACUAGUGGAUAAUCAAACAUUUGAAUAUUUGAUUGCUAUGAAUCCAAAUGGUAUGUUUAGCAUAGACAAUGAUCAAUUAAUUUUAAAACGUACUAAUGAUGUUGAAAUGUGUAUAAGUCAACCGGAUUUAUGUCCACAUGAUUAUGAACAGAUUACUUCAUUACUUAUUCGUAUAAAUAUUAAAGAUAAUGGUCAACCAUCUGUAUCGCAAAAAUUUUGGAUUCAAAUUCCAAUAACAGAUGAAAAUGAUCCACCAGUGAAUUUACAAUUAAACCAAAAUUUUAUUAGAGAAAAUUCACCAAUUGGUACAUUAAUUGGAUCAUUUUCAGUUGAAGAUCAAGAUUUAUAUCAAACACAUACAUAUACACUUGUUAAUCAAAGUCCAUUAUUAAACAAUGAAUUUCUUUUUGUCAUUGAAGAUAAUAAUUUACGUUUAUUACAAUCACCAGAUUAUGAACUAGAUUCAUUUUAUAUUAUCACUGUACAAUGUACAGAUAAUGGAACACCACCAGCGAGUAUAACAAGUGAUUUUCUCAUUGAAAUUAUUGAUGUUGAUGAACUUCCCGAUACUUAUAUAUUUAUUCCAAAUCCUGAUGGUAUUAUAUCAGAUGAUAUACUUAAUGAUUUAAUAAAUGGAAGACAAACACCACGAACUAUUUUUCUUCCACAAAGUACAUAUUCUCUUCCAUCACUUGGACAAAUUGUUUUUCUAAUGGAAGAUCGUGAUCGAGAUAUCGAUUUGACGGCAUUAAAUGAUGAUGAUAAUCCGAAUGAAUUAGGCUUUCAAAACCAACAUACUUUAACAAUCAAUGAUACAUUAACACUAUCGAUUGAUGUUGAAAAAAGUAAUAUAAGUGGUAUUGAAAUUGGUAAACUUCAAGCUAUUGAUUUAGCAGCUGGAGGAGAAAUUCUACAAAAUAUUGCACUUAAUUCAAAUAGUUAUUCAUUAUUUCCAUUUGAACUUGUUAAUUUAACUACUUUUAAAGUUCGUGAUGAUAUGGAUUUAUCGUUAUCUUCUUUACCAUCAAUAUUUAAUAUUAGUGUAUUAGUAACAACAGUUGGUGAAGAUAGUCGAAUUGUAGAGAAAUAUUUUAUUAUUAAUAUUAAAGAUAAAAGAAAUGUUUCUCUAAUAUUAUCGAAUAAUAAGAUUCAGGAAAAUUCUCCUGAAAAUACAUCAGUUGGAUAUUUUAUUUUACAGGAUGGUAUUGGAAAUUAUACUAUUAAUCUUAUUCAUGAUGCUAAUGGAUAUUUCAAAAUAAAUGAUAUAAAUUUAUUAACAGCUCAAAAAAUUGUUGAGAAUUGUCGUAUCAAUCAUACAUGUCAAUU